AUGUCUCAAGCUCCACCAUCUACCACGGAUACGCUUCGCCACGAGGAGAUUCAAGAGGACCCGGAGUGGAUCGAGGGCGACUUCAAGCUCAUCUCCUCUGAUGGGUGGAGCCUCAAAGUAUGGUCCUACCAGCUGUUCUUUGCCAGUGCGACUUUCAGAGACGCCCAGAGUUGCAGCAAAGCCGACGGCCCAAUGGAGAUCCAGUUCACAGACCCGGAGCUCGAGAGCCGGGAGGUUCUGAGUCUCUUCCUCGACAUUCUCACGUUCCGAGGAGAGGACGUCGGCAUGUGUCUCUGUCUAGAGACGUCAAUUUCCCUCAUCGCCUUCUUGGACAAGUAUGAUUGCGGCCCCGUGACGGAGGUGUUCCGCCUCCGCCUCAUCAGGGAUGUGACCGAGAGCAACUGUUACUCAGAGGCUAUCUUCGUUCUAGGAGCCGUUCUCGACGACGACCGACUCUGCUCCGCUGCUUUGCUCAAUGAGGAACGGUUUCGAAUCGACCGCAAGCUGUCGAAGCACUUCGGUAUCACCGACAUACCUCUGGAAGCUCUCGACUCCGUGCCCCAAGUUUAUCUUCGAGCCCUCGCCGAAGCUACACCUGCGUGCGACGGUAAGCCUUGCGAAUGUUCCUACGAAACUGCCCACCAACGCUCCCGGAAGUUCUUUAAUGAACCAUGGAAUCUGAAGGACAAGCUUCAGGACGAUAGAGAUCGAAAACGUCGUCUUAGGAUGGUCAAUGAAGCCCUGUCUGUACGAAAGAGGCAGCGGCUCUGA